AACAAGAUGACCUAAAACCGUUCAGGACAACCCUAAAUUUGACAGCAUGGAUAUUCAGGUUCAGGUAUUCUUCUAUAACAUUGAUCAUAAAACGAUUUUAUGUUGACUGUUAAUCACUAAAGACACCCGCUAAAGAUUAACAACGUGUCAUCCAUGAGUAUGUCGUCUUUACCAGUAUUUUUGAGCAAGAUUCAACUUAGAUCACACAGACUGAAGACUAUUUUCCAAAAUGAUACAUGCUUUCAAGAACAGUUGAGAUGCUGCAGUUCAGGGACGCACAGAAGACGCGUUGUGGUGACUGGAAUAGGCUUGGUUUGUCCACUAGGCACUGGGACAACCUAUCCGUGGACUCGUCUUAUCCAGGGCCACAGUGGGAUUGUCGCAUUGGACCCAGAAAAGUACAAGAAAGUCCCUUGUAAAGUGGCUGCCCUGGUUCCUAGGGGUACUGAAGAGGGUCAAUUCAAGGAGGAGAUGUUUGCCUCUCGUGGGGAGAUCAGUAGCAUGUCCACUGCUAGUGUGAUGGCACUUGGGGCUGCGCAGCUUGCACUGGAGGAUUCUGGUUGGUGCCCUGCCAGUGAGGAGGAUCAAUUGAACACUGGGGUGGCUGUAGGUAUGGGGAUGGUGUCACUGGAAGAGAUUGCUCGCACUUCUUCUGCCUUCUAUGAUAAAGGAUAUAACAAAGUCAGCCCCUUCUUUGUGCCACGGAUCUUGGUAAACAUGGCAGCCGGACAUAUUAGUAUAAAACACAAACUUAAAGGCCCAAAUCAUGCAGUGUCAACAGCUUGCACAACGGGAGCCCAUGCAAUUGGGGAUGCUGCCAGGUUCAUAGCACAUGGAGAUGCGGUUGCCAUGUUAACGGGGGGCACAGAGUCUUGUGUGUGCCCGCUGUCCAUAGCCGGGUUUGCAAGAGCCAGGGCACUAGCGACCAAAUGGAACCAUGAACCAAAGAUGUCAUCCCGCCCUUUUCACCCAGAGAGAGAAGGUUUUGUGAUGGGUGAAGGUGCAGCCAUAUUGGUGCUGGAAGAGAUGGAGCAUGCAGUGAGGAGACAAGCCCGGAUAUACGCAGAGGUGCUGGGGUACGGGCUGUCAGGGGAUGCCUCGCACAUAACAGCACCCAGCGCAGAUGGAGAUGGAGCGUUUAGAUGUAUGUCGGCUGCUUUGAAAGAUGCCUCCACCUCUCCCGCAGAGGUCAGCUAUGUCAAUGCCCAUGCCACCUCCACACCUCUGGGAGACGCCGCUGAGAAUGCCGCUAUCAAGAGGCUCUUCUCUCAGCACGCUCUCAGCCUUGCCGUGUCCUCCACCAAGGGGGCCACGGGGCACCUCCUGGGAGCAGCUGGGGCCCUGGAGGCAGCCUUUACUGCUCUGGCCUGUUACCAUGGCAUUUUACCACCCACCCUCAACCUGGAUCGCACUGAGCCAGAGUUUGACCUGAACUACGUCCCCUGCGCUGCACAACCAUGGAGGCCAGAGGGCAGGAGGGUGGCACUCACUAAUUCAUUCGGGUUUGGAGGGACAAAUGCGUCACUAUGCCUUGCCAGUGUGUGAA